UGAUAACCAAAAAGUUGUUUGCCUGCCAGACCACGCCACCUCGAAGAGACAGAAGUGGACACAGACACAAAACAAUGUAGCCCUGGGGUAACAUGAAUUCUUGGACUGAAACGUAGCCUGUUUACCGCUGAGAGUCUUCACUUCUUGCCACAUGGACAUAACAACUCACUAGGUCCUGUGUCAUCACAGCAGUGUCAUUUGUACAAUCAUGAAUGGACUUAAGAUGUCCUUGAUGGAGCAUGGGGGAGUCCGGCCCAUUACAGCAGUGGCGUGGACCUCCAACACUGGCACCUGCCCCAAAGACUUCACCAUGAUCAACAUCACAGAGGAUGGAGCAGCGGCAAACUUUACACGCAGCUUUGCAAUGAAGUCUGGAUAUUACCUCUGUUACAGCAAGGACUUGACAGGUGGUAUGGUGGUGUCCGACAUCCAGGUUCUCUCAGACAAAGACUCUAUUCCUCACGGUUACUGCUACAUAGCAGAGCACCUUGAACCAAAGGCCUCUGUUUCGAAGAAGAAACGGGUUUGCAUGCGAGUCGUCCCAGUCUGCAGUGUGGACACAGCUGUGUUGGAUAUCAAACUGACAGCCAAAAGCAAAAUGAUGCUGCAACAUUACACAUAUGUGGGAGACAUCCAUGGCUACGUGUUGUGGUGCAGAAAGGGACAUUUUUCUAGCCCCAUGCCCCAAGCCAAACCCCGCAGUGUGAGCCUGGAUCUCCGCAGACUCUCAUUGGAGCAGCCGUCGCCCCCCCUGCCCCUCAGACCCAGCAACCCUCCUCCUCCAGUGCCACAUGGUAAACUGAGUCAGAGACGCCAAAGCCUCCACACCAAGGACAACUUGGACAAACCUGCUGACAGCAGUGUCUCUGGCAUUACAGCUCUGGAUGGAGUUCCCUUUAGUCUGCACCCAAAAUUCAACAUCCAGGCAAAUGGGACGUGUCCCCUCAACUCUCAAUUAAACAACAUACAAAUAAAGUCACUCCAAGACAUUGAAAAUGAGUAUAGCUAUGCUUUUACUGUGGAGGAAUCUGCUGCCAAGAGGACCAGGCCAUCACUGCUGACCGGAGGCGCCUCAUCAGCGCAGUGAUCUUUGCACUUAGACAAAUUAACAAUACCAGAUUUUAGAGUUUUGCUGUCCAAAGAUUGUUUUCUUUUUUUUCGGAUGACAUCUCAAAUCAUGGUACAGAUGAAGGAUGAUCAUGCCUACAUUUAGGUUUAUAAUAUGAAGUUUUAAAGGGCUUCGGGUGUAAAGAAUUUAUUGUAAUGGAGUUAAUUCAAAGGUCAUCUUAAAGCACUGCCAUCCUACAUGAGACAGACAAUCAUUCAGGUGGUUUGGCUGUUUUAAUGUCAUGCUUUUCCUUUUAAUUGCUUUUUUAUUUGUCUAUGUUAAAUCUGGAUUACCAUCUUUAAACAUUCCAAGUAACUGUUUGCCAAAGAAAGGUCUGUGUGAAUACAUGUCAUUGUAUUGUCUUUAGACUGCUUGGCUUUUGCAGGAAUGCAGCCGUUAAACAUGUGACAGGGUUAAAGAUGUGAUGGGUCUAUGAAUCUGUCGAGUAUCCGCUGUUUGGAGCUUCACGUCUGCAGCAUUGUGCCUGUCAGGUUUGCGUUCACUCACAGCUGUAUGCUAAAAACAAAGACGCUCUUGUGUUUUAAUCGCUCUGUUUUCUGUUACCUGAUAUCCUGCUUUGCAUCUUUAAUUGUUUCAGUUAACAACAAGUAGUGGAGGUGUAAUAUUCAGUCUGUGCUUUCUUUGUGAAUGAACUUUGCUGCAGAUGAUGUUGGACUGAGCUCAGUAGAUACACUAACAUAUCUAAAUGUAGAAUAUAGUGCUAUUUCUUGUAUGAAGAGUAGCCUACUAUUAGGUUUGUAUUAUUCCAAAAAAUAAUUUAUCCUAUUUUAAGGUGAGGUGAGGAAGGUUAUAUGUUUUUACUAAAACAAGAUAUGUGGGGAAAAUGAGAGAGAAUCUGUUUUUGUUUAACUGUUCAGUGGAAUAAGGGCCAAAUAUUUAUCUGUCUUAUUGUACAAUAUAUAAUGUUAUUUUCUGCUGUUUUUAUGACUUUGUAGUAAACUUUUAUUGCAUGGAAAAAAUAAAAACCAAAGAAACACUA